ACACGAUCGCAUAAUAACGCGCUUGAUAUCAUUGUAAAUAUUACAAUGAUGGUUGCUUGCUUUCAAUGAGCGCGCGUCAUUCGAAUCCGUUGGCGGAUAUUUUCCCAAAUAUAAUCACGACUUCACGGCAAUUCAAGGCGCGACACGGUACCCACCAAGGUCACUCAAACCACCGACGCCCUCGGCGGCCAACUGCAUGUCUAGAUGGACAACCCUAUCGAUGACUCUGUGAUAUCAAAUCUCACAAGUCUCGAAGAUGACACGGACGAAUUCGGCAGGUUCCUUAUACAACGAAAGCGCGACGAACUACGAUUAAGGGAAGAACUAUCAGGCAAUGCCAGACCCUUCCGCCAGGGAAGACCGCGUCCGCUGGGUCUCCUGACCGCGUCAAACCUCGAGAAAUAUGGUCCGAAUACGACUUACAACAAUCUGGCUGGAAGUUCUCGAAGUACGAGCAGUAUAGAGCGAUUGGAGCCGCCGUUGAACGUUCCUCGAAACUGGAGCGCAAAGGCGCGCGAGAGGACAGAUUGGUUGCGCAGAAUGAGAAAUCUGGACAACAAUGAUACUCCUCGGGGGACAGGCCGAGACCGCGGUCGUGAAGAAACGUCGAGUCCGGAGGAUUGGGCAGCUUUAGCAUCAGAGAUCCCGAUUCCUUCGGUGGAAGACAGCCCUCUCCAGUCGCGCAAUGUAUCGAGGCGAAACACUCCCGGAACAGCGAGUACCGAAAACAUAGCCGUAUCAAGUCUGCCAGACUGGGACCUGAGCGAUGAUCUGUCUGCGAACUCUAUCCUAGCUUCCACUCCAGCCGUAUGGACACGGAAUACAAAGCUCGAGGACAUACACAAGCGGGAGCUGGAAGGACCAAGCGAGCCGAUGAGCGCGGCUCGAGCCCGUCUCUCUGCUCGAAAAUCUAGGGCAGCAUCCAGCCAAUCUAUUACCCCAAAAAACCUGCAAGACGAUGGCAUGGCAACCUCUUUCACGCACCCUGCCGAGCAACAUUUGAAGACGUCAACGCCCGAAGCUUUCCGUAACCGAACACCAAUCCCUCGGUUCCCCAGGUCUAUGGUAUCUUUAUCACCAACGCGUGCACAGGGAGAAAUAACGCGGGCGUCGCCAGCUGCCGUCUACAAGAGUUCAGAAACAGUUGGAGGUAUCGACGACACUACAGAACUUGCUCGGGCUACCCUAGCAAUAAAUCGCGGCAAACAUGGCCGUAAAGAUUCUCAGGAGUUACUUCGAAGAUUAGCAAAUGCUACCAGCGGCACUCCGAGUCCACGGCCAAGACCAGAAGUCGAGAAAUCACCGAAUGAGUUGAUGGCGGCUGGGAGAGAAGCGCAAGAUAACGCCAAAUCUUUACCAUCAGAGGAUGAAAAGUUGGACGUGCCUCAGAAUGAUGACCGCGGCAGACGCUCACUUGAUAUUUUGAAGCCGAACACUGAGACGAAUGACGACCGACAGAGCACAAACCGGCCAUUCUCUCGUGCACGACGUACCCGUCCUGCACCCUUUAAGGACCUUGCAUUCCAAGAUCACGCCGAAGUUCUUGAUGAGCUGCAAACAAACCCAGUCGGAGAUGGUGCCUCGAAACCGCCAGGAAACGAAGCGCGGGAACCAAAGACCCCAGUAGUAACUGGGGCAUGGAUCAACACCCCUGAUCCAAAGAUUUCCGCUUCUGUAAAGAGCUCCAGGUUCUCUUCGCCGCAGAAAGCGAAAGAGAAGAAAGUCAAAGAGAACGAACAUCCCAAGGCGUCAAGAGAAAUGCCUUCCGUAUCUCCUCCGCGUCAGAAAGUUGGUGUUGACAUCCAAAAAUCUCCAUCUCGGUCUAAGGGUCGGAUAUCCGAGCCGCCACCGCUCCCUCCCUCCGCACUCGCUCACAUUCUUUCUACCUCUGGAAACAACUUUGGUGACUCAACCAUUGAUUCUCUGGAAGGAAUACUCCACCCAUCCGGCGACACCACCACUAUCCCGGACCCAAACACAAUACUUCUACCGGAGUCUGUCGAUGAUCCGGAUGACCAACCCGUAGAUGAGGACGACACUCUGCAAGGUUUCCCAGAAUCUUCUAGGGGCGUCCGAACUGAUGCAGAACGCCGACGAAGAGCGGAAUCAUUUGCUUUGCGGGACAUGAAUUCGCGCCUACGACUCGCAAGACAGGGCAUUCGCGAUGCGAAGCGUGGGAUUCGAGACCUGGAAAACAAAGUUGAGAAGUCGGCAACGCCAACAAGCCCACAGCCUACGGUACCGGCUACUAAAGGACCUGAAAAGCAGCCAAGGGGUAAUCCAUCGACUGUACCACCCGUCCCGCCGCUCUCGCACUGUCCUCAUUGCAACAUGCCUAUUCAUGUUACUGCUCCAUCAAUACCGCUUUCAUUCUCAUCUAUCGCCUCCUUCCUGUUCUCGCUCUUCUUUCUCCCGGCGCCUCCCACCUCUCGCCUCCCUUAUCGACCGACCAGGCUCGGCUACGUCACGCUAUUCAUCGUCCUCUGGGCUAUCAUCGAGCAGAACCUAUGCAACGCAUACUGCCAUCCGAGGUACACCCACAUUAAAACCACGCCACUCGGAAUCGCCUCGGACGCACCGGAAUUCCCCAUUGUCACCCUUACCUUCAUCUGGCGCGCCAUCAGCCCUAUCCUCCGUCCGUUCACUCCCAUCUACGAAGACAUCCUGUCCCCGAUCCUCUCUCCCUUCUCCACCGUCGCCCUCAUUCUUGCCCGUUCAAUGUCAGGUAUCCAUGGCCUCGGUGCGUGGGGUCGAGACGACUGGAUGAGCGGGACCGGGGUUGACGCAUAUAGCUACGGGAUGGGCUUCAGUCCACCCCCACCCACGGCGUGGAGCGAAUGGUGGGCGCGGAUGGGACCGAAGAUCUGGGGUGACGAAUGGAAUGCGAGGGACGAGAGGAUGUGGGCAUGGUCAGAGGCGAACGGGAAGCGGAUUCAGGAGACGACCAGCGAAGGAAAGGGCAAGUUAGAGAAAGCGCCCCCGCUGCAAGAGGAGCGAGACCGGGUGGACAAGGAGACUACGAAACCGACGAGCCAGGUUCACUAUCAGCCGGUGGAAGAGAAGGCUCAAGAGCCGGCUCCUGACCCCUGGAAGGAUGAGACGGUCAAUAUAUGGGAGUCGGCCAGCAUAUGGGAGAACGUGGCCGAUAAGGGCGAGGAAAAUACGAAGGGUGAAGGCGGAUGGGGUGGUUGGUGGUCCUCGAAAAAGGUACCUGUUCAUGACCCGGAUGAUGUGGGAAUGGACCAGGAUGAGGAACUCUGACCUUCCCGUACGCAUCUGUGUUAACAUUGUUCUGCGGUUUAGGUCUGGAACUGGGUAUUGAAUGCGAGCAUGGCGUUGAGGGAGCAUUUACUAGCGCUGCUCUCCCGGUUUUGGGGGUAGCAUGCAGGGCAUUUAUAUUGUAUUGAUUGCGAGCGUAUGUUCGAGUUCGAACGGUUGCGAAUGACGCACAUAUCGAUGCUAUGGCGAGGGGACGGGACAGGAUGACGUCCCAUUCCGAUAUUUGGCAUAUUUCAUGUCAUACAUCAAUAGUCGAAAUGCCACGAGAAUUUAAGAUAUUCGUUUGGGUCU